CAUUAUCCUGUUCUUGAUGGAGUCCCACUUAGAUUCCUCAAGUAAACAUGUUGAGAAUGAAAAUGAAGAUGAGUUUGAGAGAUCCUUCAAAGAGAUGUUAUCCACUCUCCCCAAAGGGAACAGCUGGGGUAAUUUUGAAAAUUUAUUUCAAUACCAAGGAUUCUGGCUCUACCCGACUUACUUAAAAGGAGUUGUUUCAGCUCAACAACAAUUCCAGGCUCAACCCUCCGAUAUCAUGCUUUGCAGUUUCCCCAAAACCGGCACCACCUGGUUAAAAUCCCUCAUUUUUUCCAUCAUUACAAGAACUUCAUUCGAUGAUUCAACCUGCCCUUUGCUUUCCAAGUCGCCUCAUGAUGUUGUGCCUUUCAUGGAGCUUCAUCAUGCCCAUUUCUCCACUCACCGGGACCUUGGAAUUCCUGUGUUAGCCACACAUGCUCCUUAUUCUUCCUUACCCAGGUCGAUAAUCGAUUCUGGUUGUAGAAUUGUUUACAUUUGCAGGGACCCCAAGGAUUCAUUUGUUUCAUUGUACCACUUCAAAGUCCAGAUCAUCCGAACAUCCAAAAACACUCAAGCUCAACCCAUUGAUCUCAAUGAGGCGUUUGAGUUGUUUUGUGAAGGUGAAAAUAUCUAUGGACCUUACUGCGACCAUGUUUUGGGGUAUUGGAAAGCAAGUGUGGAACAUCCAGAUAAGAUUAUGUUCUUGAAGUAUGAAGAGAUGAAAGAUGAGACUGUUUUGUAUGUUAAUAAAUUGGCGGAGUUCAUCGGUUACCCUUUUUCAUUGGAGGAACAUAAAAAAGGAGUAGCUGAAAAGAUUGUAAAGAAGUGUAGUUUCGAGAAUUUAAGCAAUCUGGAAGUGAAUAAAAGUGAAAAAGAUUACAGAAAAGUGAUUCAGAACAAGAUGUUUUUUCGAAAAGGGAAGGUUGGGGAUUGGAAGAAUUAUUUGACUCCUGAAAUGGCCGCACGGUUGGACCAAAUAAUACAGCAGAAGCUCAGCGGUUCUGGUUUAAGUUUGUGAAUGUUAAAGAACUGGUUCAUAAUAUCCAUUU